UUUCUUCAUUCCCAAAAAGGGCAAAAAAGAAAAAGACAAAAACCCCCCCCAAACCCCGAAAGCCCAAAAUAACACCCACCCGAAAACCCAAAAACUUCCACCAUUUCUGCCUCUAAAACAUGCAUACAAUGGCCGCCUCCUCCGCCGCAUGCGCUUCUUCCGCAACCUCCAAGCUCAACCACCACCACCACCGCAACCCUUCGCUCCUCCCAAAACCCUACUCUUCCUCCUCCUCCCAAUUGCCCUUCAACUCCCGUAAUUUCACCGCUCCUGCCAUCAAGACUUCCGUUUCUUGUACUCUUACCCGAGAACCCGCCGCCGCCGCACUGCAAAUGCAUGAAGAACCCGCGCCCUUGCUCUCUCUUCCCCGACCCGAUUCUUUCGGGCGUUUUGGGAAGUAUGGAGGCAAGUAUGUCCCCGAGACCCUUAUGCAUGCUCUCGCCGAGCUAGAGUCUGCGUUCAAUUCCCUCGCCGGAGACCAUGAAUUUCAGAGUGAGCUAGAUGGGAUUUUGAAAGACUAUGUUGGUAGAGAAAGUCCCCUCUAUUUCGCUGAGCGGCUGACAGAGCACUACAAACGUCCUAACGGUGAAGGGCCGCACAUUUAUCUGAAGAGGGAGGAUCUAAACCACACUGGGGCUCACAAGAUCAAUAAUGCUAUUGCCCAAGCUUUGCUUGCCAAGCGUUUAGGCAAAAAGCGCAUUAUUGCUGAAACUGGAGCAGGUCAACAUGGAGUUGCCACUGCAACUGUUUGUGCUCGGUUUGGUCUGGAAUGUAUAAUCUAUAUGGGUGCACAAGAUAUGGAAAGACAAGCACUAAAUGUUUUCAGAAUGCGGCUUCUUGGGGCUGAGGUUAGGGCUGUCCAUUCUGGAACGGCAACAUUGAAGGAUGCUACAUCUGAAGCUAUUAGGGACUGGGUGACAAAUGUUGAAACCACCCACUAUAUCUUGGGAUCUGUUGCUGGGCCACAUCCCUAUCCAAUGAUGGUUAGGGAGUUCCAUAAGGUGAUUGGUAAGGAGACAAGGAAACAAGCAUUGGAAAAAUGGGGUGGAAAACCAGAUGUGCUGGUUGCAUGUGUUGGUGGAGGCUCAAAUGCAAUUGGACUAUUCCAUGAGUUCGUUAAUGACGAAGAUGUUAGAUUGAUUGGUGUUGAGGCUGCAGGCUUUGGGUUGGACAGUGGUAAGCAUGCUGCCACUCUGACCAAGGGGGAAGUUGGUGUUCUGCAUGGAGCUAUGAGCUACUUACUGCAGGAUGACGAUGGGCAGAUUAUUGAGCCUCAUUCUAUUAGUGCAGGCUUGGAUUACCCUGGGGUUGGACCGGAGCAUAGUUUCCUUAAAGAUGCAGGACGUGCUGAGUAUUACAGCGUUACUGAUGAAGAAGCAUUGGAAGCCUUUAAGAGAUUAUCGCGACUUGAGGGCAUUAUCCCGGCUCUGGAAACAUCUCAUGCAAUCGCUUACUUGGAAACGCUGUGCCCAACUCUCCCGGAUGGAGCAAAAGUUGUUCUUAACUGCAGUGGCAGGGGUGACAAGGAUGUUCAGACGGCCAUCAAGUAUUUGAAGGUUUAAUUGUGUCAUUUUGCAAUGAAACCAGAUAAAGAAAGAGCAGCUCGAGUCCCAAUCUGUGGUGUGUUGAACUUGUAUGGCCAAGACAAUGUCAAUCAACCCUUGUUACCUUUUCUCUGUAUUUUAUUUUAUUUUAUUUUUUCUUUUCCUGCAAGAAAAAAAUGUCUGUUUAGCAUGGUUGCGGCUUGUGUACUUGAACUGUAAUAAGUGAGGUUGAUAAUGCCUCCAGAUUGAAAUGAAAGUUUAAUGCGUAGCAGAGUUAUUUAUUCC